AUAAGCUGCUGUCUGUCUCGCUUCUUUUAUUUCAGUUUCCUGUUUUGUGUACGAAGCUCUUGUGUUAAAAGAUGUCUGGACGUGGAAAGACCGGCGGCAAAGCCAGAGCCAAGGCAAAGAGCCGCUCCUCCCGGGCAGGACUCCAGUUCCCGGUCGGUCGUGUCCACAGGCUGCUGAGGAAGGGCCACUAUGCGGAGCGUGUGGGUGCCGGCGCCCCCGUCUACCUGGCGGCUGUGCUGGAGUACCUGACCGCUGAGAUCCUGGAGCUGGCUGGAAACGCCGCCAGAGACAACAAGAAGACCCGCAUCAUCCCCCGUCACCUGCAGCUGGCUGUCCGCAACGACGAGGAGCUCAACAAGCUGCUGGGCGGAGUGACCAUCGCUCAGGGCGGCGUGCUGCCCAACAUCCAGGCUGUGCUGCUGCCCAAGAAGACCGAGAAGGUCGCCAAGUCCAAGUAAAGCCGAGGACCCGCUGAACGACACCAAGGCUCUUUUCAGAGCCACACAUUGUCCUCUGUAAACAGCAAACAUCCUCAUGUGUCUCAUCAAACACUGUCAGUGAAACAUCCAGACCAACAGCUCAUAAUAAACAGUUACUGGACCAAUCAAAUGUUGGUUUUAAAUGCACUACUGGUUUUUAAUUGGUUU